AUGGCAUUGGCUCUCUUCGCGUUGGCCCUCUUGGGCUCGGGAGCGCAGGCAGCUGCAUCAUACAAUUCAACACUAGCCUGGGUACCCUUCAGCCAGACUCAAUUCGAUGGUAACGCCGCCCUAGAUACGGAUGGAGCGAAUGGAGAUGUUCAGCUCUUCUGGACGCUUGGAGACGAGUACUCGACAUACGGGAUUGCGUCCAAAUCCAGCGGUUAUCUUGCCGUGGGCUUCAGCCAGACUGGCGCGAUGACUGGGGCCGAUAUGGCAGUCGGAUACACAGACCAGAAUGGCACCUUCAUGUUUGAGAACCGCCAUGCGACAGGCUUUAUUGUACCCGAGAUCUCUCAAGACCAAACAAAAAACAUGCGAUUCAAGCAAGGCUACCAGGCAAAUGGAGUCACUGCCUUCAUCUUCGAUAAGAAGAACCAGGCCGACUGUCUCCUAGAUCAAGGCAAUGUUGCUAUCGACUCGUUUCAAUGGAUGAUCUAUGCUCAUUCUGAUCAGAACACCUUCGCACAGCACGCAGCUGGCGACAUGGGGAAGCAAUACGUCAAGCUAGGCACUAGCAACGCCAUCUCCUUGGACAUCGCUCGCACUACCAACAACAGUCAGAACUUCACUGUCGUCUCGCCGGAGGUAGUUAUUCCUACCGAUGAGACCACUUACUGCUACUCUAUGCACAAAAUGCCGACGACGGCAAAUAGAAGCUAUUUGAUUGGCGAACGACCGCCCAAAGCAAGUCCACUGCUUCAUCACUUAGUCCUUUAUGCAUGCUAUGGUCCCGCUGACCAGUUCGAGAGCAUGCUCGGCCAGCCGGCUGAUUGCAACUGGCAGAACUUUUCAAAUCCUUGCAAUGGAUUUGUCACAGAGUGGGCUCCAGGCAUGUCUGCUCGCACAUUCGAAGACGGAUUUGGUAAACCGUUCGGCGCCGACCUGUACCAGUAUGCGAUGCUAGAGACACAUUACAACAACCCUGGUGGGACCGCAAACCAGACGGACGCUGCGAGCUACGAGUUCAUCUACACUGAUAGUCCAGUGGCAACUGAAAUUGGAACUUUGACUCUAGGCGAUAUGCAAGUCAAUGGCUGGUUUAUGGACCCAGGCAAGCCACUCGUAGCACACUCAACAAUCUGCACACCCGAAUGCACAAGCAAGUGGCCUGCCGAAGGGAUAACGGCCGUUGCAGUCUUCCAUCAUAUGCACUACCGCGGCGUCAAUGCCCGCGUACAGAUCAUUCGCAAUGGCACUGAGAUUGCACCUCUGUCGGAACUGUAUGAUUUCCAGUACGGGUACCAGUUCUCCAAAGCUUUGAGCAACAUCCAGCUGCUGCCUGGAGAUCAGCUUAUCACCACUUGCGAGUACGACACUAUGAACGACACCACGCCGGUCGCUGGCGGCCAAUCAAGCCGGGACGAGAUGUGCUUCGCGUGGGUCGACUACUAUCCAUUGAAUAAUGUCUUGGGCUGCACACAGAUCAAUCCGCAUCUCGCCGACCCAAGCCAACAGAACGGCACGGUCGCAAUGUGUCUUGAUUCCUCCAACCCCAACCCAGAUCUUUACCCUUCGAAGUCUCUGACAGCUGAUUUCCAGCACCUCCCAGUCUCUGGUAACAACUGCUCAGGCAAUGCUCUUUCUAAACCCAAUGGAGCAGCCAUUUUGAGCACCUGCCCAGACACAGAUGUCUGCUACUCAGUCAGUGUACCCCGAAAAGAACCGACCUCAGCCUCAGGCGAUAUCUACUUCCAACUGUCGGCUCCGACAACAUACUCUUGGGUAGCGCUUGCACAGGGUACAGCGAUGAGUAACGCCAACAUGUUUGUUAUGUACGCUUCAGCGGAUGGCAAGAACGUGACGCUCUCCCCAAGAAAUGCACCUGGGCAUCAAAUGCCGACACAUAAUGCCGCUGCCGACGUCGUCUUGUUAGAGGGCUCUGGGAUAGCGAACGGCAAAAUGACGGCCAAUGUGCUAUGCAAGAACUGCAGCAGCUGGAGCACAGGCAAGAUGGACUUUCAGGACAUCGUCAGCCAAUGGGUCUACGCUCAUUUACAAGGGCUGCCCAUCAACUCUGAUGACUUGAAUACUGCGAUUUCUCAUCAUGACAAAUCGGGGGGGUUCCAGUGGGAUCUGUCGCAGGCCACAGGAGGUCCAGAUGCAAAUCCAUUCCUCGCUGGGGUAGCGAACACGACCUCCUCAUCAAGCACGGCUGGAGGACAGAUGCAAACACCUAUGAUGCAAGCCCACGGUGCUCUGGCUUCCAUCGCCUUCGUCGCCAUCUUCCCGAUUGGUGCCGUUCUUGUCCGUCUAGCCAGCUUCCCAGGGCUAGCUUGGGUCCAUGGAGGCCUACAAAUCUUCAGCUACGUCGUCUUCAUCGCCGCAGCAGGUCUCGGAAUUUAUCUGGCAAGGCAAGACUCCUACUUGAAUCAGCCUCAUGCAAUCAUCGGCAUGCUUCUCUUUGGCGUCCUAUCCUUCAUGCCGAUCCUCGGCACGAUCCACCACAACAUCUUUAAGCAAGUGAAGAAGCGGACAGCUUGGUCUUACGCUCACAUCUUCACGGGUCGAACAGCGAUCCUGCUCGGCAUGGUCAACGGUGGGCUCGGCCUAAAGCUUGUCAACGCUGGAAGGCCCUAUAUCAUAGCAUAUGGCGUUUCUGCUGGCAUGAUGGGUGUUGUCUUCAUUGGUGUGAUCGUCUUUGGUGAGGUCACGCAGAAGAAGGACACUUCGGGAGUGCCUACAAGUCCAAUCACGGGUCCUGGGGAGUCGAAGGGGCAAGAGGGGAGCGGAAGUGAAAGUGAUGCGCGUUCGUAG